AUCUUGCAGCCAGGAGACGGUCUCAAGGAAGCAAACCAGAAGAACCAACGCCGGUGCUGAAGCCUGAAGCUCAAGCGUCUCACCUUGUGAGCUUCUCAGGGGACCUUGCAAGCGGUGGAGAGAGCGAUGGCGAUGAAGCGCCGCUCCGUGCUGGCUUUGCUCGUCGUCGCCUUCGUCGGAGGGAACCUGCUCCUCGGGGCCUCGUUUAGCGCCAGAAGCACGGUGAAGUCCUCAGCCUCAGACCCGGACUAUGGAACUGCUGAGCUAAACGGCAGGAGACUAAAGGAAAGUGGACAAGAUGUUACUAACAGGAAGACUAGGGACUUACAAGAUGUAAAGGCUGAUGACUACCAACCUAUUGACCCAAGUCCAAGCUCGAAGGCAAGUAUCAGGCCAGCUCCAAUCGAGCAUGGCACUCCUCUUCUUCCUUAUGUGCCACGGUACCCGCCGCCUCCUGGUCAGCCUAAGGAUGCGCAUUCUGCUCAGUCUGCUGCCGCUCCUGUCGCUUAGCUGAGAACUGAAAUGCUCCAGAGGCGGUACUUGAAAAAUUAGAGAACCACCUUAUGUCCAAAGUCUUCUCUGAUGUUAUGUUAUGUGGCGUAUGUGUGUUUACACUAAGUACUUGAAUGGUGCAUGUCCUUUGAUGUCUCAGUGUUUGGAAUCACUUGGUGAUGGACAGUGUUAGCUGUAUCUGUGGGUGGUCAAUUAGUCAACUGCUCAAAUCUUGACGGCAUGUUUCUAGAUUAGAUAAGGUGCCGGCAUUAUUCUGGGGCACCCAGGUAAGCUGCACUACUAUUGUCAUAUGUAAAUGUUAUUGUUAUGUUAUAUAGCAUAACUAUGGUAUUAGUCAGAACUGUUUACUGAAUUCUUGUGUAACCUUUGUGCUUGGUUGAAGCAAUUAUCCAAUUUUCAGAAAACUAUCAGUAUUGGAAUACCUAUUUCCAGUGUGAAUCAUUGAGCAGGAGUAAUUCACUAAUCUAAGCCUCUUAGAAGGUCCGGUUUGGAACGCAAGAAAUUUUCUGGGUUCCAGAUUGAACUAUUUCCUAUGAAAUUAUGUUGUCCCAAACAUUCCCCCAAAAAUUUAUUCAUCCACUUCUUCCGUCAGCCACCUGUAAAGAUGGUGGAUUUGACAACCUACUGAAGGUGGUAUUGUCAAACCAGGUUCCACAAUUAAUAAAAGUUGAUACUUAAGCUCUAAGUGUUUCUCGUAUGGGUAUUCUCACAUUUGAGAAUCAUGCAAUAAAGGUUUUCUAAGUAUGGAACCCUCUAGUUUUGGUCGGUAUGAUGAGAAGGAUGGCUAGUUAGUCCAUGUCAUUUCCAAAGACACUUCUCUGAAUACAAUAGUCAAAAAUAUACAAACAUGUACUGGUUACAUUUUGCACAAUCACCUACCUUUACCAUACCCCUUGUAUGUAUUCUGUGACAUCCUAUUGAGCACAUGCUGAUUCUUUUAUUCUUGAUUUGCCUUAGAAACUAAGGAUCAUGUGUUAAUCGGCAAACAAAGCAUGCCACCUAUCUGUACUGUCUUGGCAACUUCCUGCAAGCGUGUGUUCAAUUGUAUAGCAUAUUUGACUUGGUGAUGGUACAGUUAAGCUGCAGUUUAGUUAUUGUGAGUAUGCAGCUGCAAAAUUGGCAACAAAACUUAGUUUGUCAAAUCAAAUUUACACCUGUCAAUUCCUUACAGUGUCAUUUUGCCGACAUCGGAGAAGGAGGAAUAUAGCAUGGUUUCUUCUUUAGUAAAAGAUGAUAUAAUGCUGACAUAUAAUGUUAGAUUAUCUAUUGAUGUUAUCUAUCAAUUCUGCAGAGCUGGUUGUUGGGAUUUCCAGGAUUGCUUUCAACUUAAGUUCAGACAAGCAGAACAAACUAAUGGUGAUUGACUGAUGGUUCCCCUUAUACCGGUCUCUUCCUUUCAAGCUUUGUUCAUCUGUCCCACUGACACAAAGAGAUGUCACAAUAUCAUAUGAUCUAUUAUAUGAUACAUGUCACUGUUUUUGU